AGGCGACUGACGGCGAAAAAAAAAAAAAGGACAUCUCUCAUCCCAUAUUCCAGGACAUCGUUUGCAAUCACCUACCACAUACGCAAACAUGCCGACCUCUUUUCGCCCGCAGAGACUGCUCCAGCGGCUCUCCCUCUCCGGUCCCGCGAGGAGACCGCGCACAACAUCCAGCGUCGCUCGCGGAGCAUGCAUCGCCUGCCAAUUGCGAUCCCAAUCGCAGAGCUCAAGCAGACCUACCUCUCGACUCCCCGACACUCGCCACCUCACCUCCCCCCUCCGCCGUCGAUUCGCAUCGACCUCACCAGCCAGCAACGACAGUGGCGCGCCCGCAGGCCCCGAAAGCCGCGGCAUCGCGCCCGACAUCACCAACCACUACACCAUCUUCCGGCAGACGCUCCCCUCCGGGCCGCCGCCCGGGUCGCCCUUCGACAUCUCGCUGGGCGACCUCCGUCGGGAGUUCCUGCAGCUCCAGAAUGUCAGCCACCCGGACAAGUACCCGCCGGGGGAGGCGAAGCGGCGGGCGGAGGCCUUCUCGACGCUGAUCAACGAGGCGUAUCGCACGCUGGCGGACCCGCUGCUGCGGGCGCAGUACCUCCUGCGCGAGAUGCACGGAAUCGACGUCACGGCGGAGGACGGGGCGGCGAAACACGCGCUCGACGCGCAGACGCUGAUGGAGGUGAUGGAGGUGCAGGAGACGAUCGAGGAGGUCAGCGCGGAUCCGAACGCCGAGGCCAAGAUCGCCGAGUUGAAGAAGGAGAAUGCGGUGCGGGUGGAGAGUGGCGUGAGGGAGCUGGCGGGAGCUUUUGAUCGUGAGGAUAUUGAGACGGCGAGGACAGAGUGCGUGCGCUUGCGCUUUUGGUAUAAUGUUGGAGAGGCGUUGAAGGAGUGGGAGCCGGGGAUGACGGAGUUGCGGUUGGUGCAUUGAGUUGAGGAUAUGGAUUCCUUUUCUUUUGUUGGGUCCACAAGGGGAGCAUGUAAUUGUUGCUUGAUAUGGGCAAUUGAUAUAUAGAGGAUUUAUAUAGAACUAGGACUGGAUUGAUAAAUAUAUAUUCGGUGAUCCAUCUUUCAA